UGUACAUAGUAAUUUUACAAAUAUUUUAUUUUAUUAAAGCCUGUAAUUUCAAUAAUGGAAGAAGUUGAGCAACUUGAAGCAGAUAUUGCUGAAUUGCGUAAAUUACUACAAUGCAAGGAAGGUGAACUGUUCGACAUGAAACAAAAGUUAUUAUCGGGUCCUCCAAUUCAUGGAGAAAAUGGCUAUAAUACACAGACUUUACAGACAAAUUAUACUCCAAGAACACAAAUGUCAAAUGUCCCAAAGUGGGCUAUCGAAAGGUACAGUCGUCAAAUCCUUCUCCCUGACAUUGGGAUUCAGGGUCAGGAGAAGCUGAUGGGGUCCAAGGUACUGGUGGUGGGAGCUGGUGGCCUAGGCUGUCCUGCAGCUGUAUAUUUAGCAGGAGCUGGAGUCGGUGAGAUAGGCAUAGUCGAUUAUGACUGUGUGGACAUAACAAAUAUACACAGGCAGAUAUUACAUGAAGAGAAAGAUGAAAAUACAUGUAAAGCUGACUCCGCAGCUGAUAGUUUACGAAGGUUAAAUACAAAAAUAAAAGUGACCCCAUACAAUCUGCAGCUAGACUCGAAAAAUGCUCUACAAAUAAUCUCACAUUACGAUCUUGUGUUGGACUGUACUGACAAUGUGCCUACAAGGUUUCUGUUGAAUGAUGCCUGUGUUAUGACAAAGAAACCUUUGAUAUCUGGGAGUGCAUUAAAAAUGGAGGGGCAGCUGACGUUAUAUGGUUACAGAUCUGAAAAUAAUUAUAAUGAGAAAGAUACCACAUUCGUGGGUCCAUGCUAUAGGUGCGUGUUCCCCUCCCCCCCGCCGCCCGAGGCGGUCGGCAGCUGCUCCGCUAACGGCGUUGCCGGACCAGUGCCUGGAAUUAUCGGAGCGAUGCAAGCAUUAGAGGCAAUUAAGCUGAUUGUUGGUCAGACACAUGAUUCUCUGCUGGUGGGCAGAAUGUUGCUGUUUGACGGUGAAGAUAUGACAUUUAGGAAUGUAAAACUUCGUCCACGAAACCCCGAGUGUGCGGUCUGUUCGCCCAAUCCCACGAUAACUAGCCUGAUUGACUACGAGGUGUUCUGUAAAGCACAGGCCAAGGAGAAGGACCUCGACCUUCAAGUGCUAACGCCAGAAUACCGAAAAUCCGCCACGCAACUAGCGGACGAAAUGACGCAAACGAACGUAACGGAAGAGCGCCAUCUAUUGGUUGACGUGCGGAGCGCACCAGAGUUCAAUAUGUGCAAUAUAGAGGGCGCUGUCAACUACCCCAUUGAGAAACUGUAUGAUGCCACCCUGAAUAAACUCGUUGAAGAUAUAAAAGAGUCGAAUCAAGUGACCUUCAUAUGCAGACGAGGGAACGACUCGCAGCUGGCCGUACAGAAGGUUCUAGAACUAGUAGAAGAGCCAUACAGAAGUAGGAUCAAGGAUCUAACGGGUGGCCUGCACGCCUGGUUCUGUCCGUCCGUGUUCAUCUACCUGGCGCUGACGGUGCCGGCCAUCUGGCUGCUGGAGCUGCACAAGGUCGACCUGCGGCUGCAGAAGAAAUCCAACCUCACAGUGAAUAUGGAGACGGAGAUCCCUAUCCCGGUUGCGACCAAGCUCGAGACUGACACGUGGGUGACGCUGAUCGAGCAGUUUCUCAUGCUGACCCUCAUCGUGGGCCGCUGGCUGCUGCCCAAGGGCGACCUGACGAGGGACCAGCUCAGCCAGCUGUUGCUCGUGUAUAUCGGCACGGCGGCGGACAUAAUCGAGUUCUUCGACUCCUUCAAAGACGACAAGGUGGCGACGGAGACGGUGCUGGUGAUGCUCACCCUGGCCAUCUGGUCGUGGUCGCUGAUGCAGUUCACCGUGGUGCUCACGGCCACCAAGAGCCGGAAGUCGCGCGGCACCGCUCAUAGGUCUGACAUGAACACCAGCAGAGCUUGCUGCUGCUCGAUCGAGGUGUGCGCGAUCAUGAUGAACAUAGUGCUGCAGGACGCGCCCUUCCUCGCCUUCCGCCUGCUCAUCAUAGCGCACUACAAGAUCAUCAACUACAUGAAUAUAUUCUUCACUUGUAAGAAUACACUGGUAAUUUUACUACAAAUAUACCGUCUGUAUGUCCUACACUUGGAGACAGUUGAGGAUGGGAACGGCAACUCGGUGUACAGAAAGAGACGGAAACAUGAGUCCGAUGAAAAGAAAGACAAGGACAAAAAGCAUAGGGAGCACAAAGCGAAGAAGCACAGAAAAAAGACCGAAGAAACGUCUAUUUCAGUAAUCAGCGAUCCGAAGAGAGAAAGCAGAGUAGACGGAGGUAGAAUAAGAGCUAUUAUUCUCACAAACUCUGAUGAAAUUAAGGAGUUGGAGCUAUCAAAACUUUUCAAAGAUCAAGUGAAAAUUGAAAACGAGAAAAAGAGCAAGUCGAAGAAGAAACAGAAGUCAGAGUCAUCGGAGUCACUGAAUAACAUUCAGCAUACUACGGACGAUUCAGGCAUUUGACAUCACCGAGUCCGGCGGGACAGCCCCAAGCGAAGCCCCCGGAGAAAGAGAGACGAAAGAAGAGAAAAGAAGAAGAAGAAGCGCUCGACGAGUGAAAGCUCAGACUCUUCCAGUUGAAAAUGUAAAGGAGGAGUAAUUGGAAACGAUUUUUGGGAUUCAAUAUCCCUUUCGCGCAUUUCGCGUUGUUGACACGACUUGUGAGUUUCGACAGGUUUUUGUAUAUUAUUGUGGUUCCCGAAAGAGGC